AUGGGUCGGGGCCGGGGUCGGGGUCGGGGUCCGAAGAAGGGCCAGGAACAUGGACGUGGCCACUUGCAGGAGCAGGAGGUGCAUGGGUCAAGGCCAGGACCGUGCAGCCUGAAUGAAAUUUUGAACUUCCCCGACAUGGUUUUCACACGCCUUUUGGAAGGAGAGCAUGGGUCCGAGCGUAGGGCACGUUUGCAAGCACUUGUGGCCAACGGCUUGUGUUUGCACACGCAAUAUUCUGGAAAGGGCACGGCUGAAACGUGCCUAGCCCACUUGCGGCAAGCGCUGCUGGAUGCAGGCGUUCUUGCUGAAAGUGUGCCAUGGUACACUGCAUCUGCGUUCGACAGCAAGGAUUUUGCUUGCAAGGUGCUGCAGUCGCACAGUCCAGAGAGCAGACCACGGUGCAUUUUUGGAGCCAUGGAGGAGUGCUUGAGUCCAGAAGUGCGCACUGAGCUGGAUCGUAUGUGUCCGGCAAAGUCCCAAUCAGCAGUCCAGCGUCAACAUGCUUACGAUGCCAUGAAUGAGUUGUUAAAGAACGAUCUAGCCCGCGCGUUUCCUGCUCAGCACACUGCUGCGUGCCGCAUGCAUCCAGGAAAGUUGCAUGGCUGCGCAGUGUGGCCAGAGCCCUCGAGCAAGGGUGAACUGUGCAUGUUCGUGGCGGGGCAGACCUGCAAGGAUGUGUCUCGCAGAGGUUCCCGGCAGGGGUUUGCAGGGCCAAACACACGGUCCUACGUUGUGUGGCUUGGAAUGGUGCGCCAUCGCCAGCCUGACAUGUUUCUUCAUGAGAUCACAUGCUCCUCAGAGGCCGCCGAGCGUUUGGAGAAGGACCUGGGUGACUUGUACGACAUCUUGACGUGUGCCUGUGUGAGCCCACACCACCUAGGAGUUCCCGUGCAAAGACAGAGGCAGUAUUCAGUGGGAGUCCUACGCGGUAAGCUAGUGCACCUUGGGAGCUGGGAGGAGUUCUUUCAGGUCAUGGGAAGCCGCUGUGAGUUGACAGGGGCCGUGUUCUACGCAGCAUCGGCCGAGCACCGCUGCGAGGUAAGCCAGCACAUGGCGAAGAAGCAGGGGUGGUAUCACAAGCCAGGCCAGCAGCCAAGUUUGCAGGAACAGCUAACCCCAGCAGAGUUUCGCAGGUUUGCAGAAUACCAGAAAGUGGCCGGGGAACGCGGGCUAGGGCCAGGCGAAUUCUUUUGUGCAGACGUGGAUCAGGAGGUUGGCUUCGGUGACGUGUCUGUGCUGGCGCCUUGCUUGCUAAGUCAUGGCAAGAUUGUGCACGGGAGGGAGGAGUUCGUGGCCACCAGCUUGGAGCAUCUGCUGAUGAUGGGUGAGAAUGCCUUGCCCAACGUGGACUGCAAAUAUGUCUGUCCAUUCCGUGACUUUGCGUGGGAGACCAGGAUGAACUCGGGCGCAUGGAAGGACGUUGCAGGGAAUGCCAUGCAUCUUCAAGUCCUCCAUGCGGUUAUGGCGUACUUCCUUUGCUCAGUGGCCCGCAUACCGCAAGAAUUGCAGUUGAGCAGUUUCCGCAGAGGGUACACAGCAGAAGACGUGGAGAGCCAGGGUCUUGAAUCCGAGUUGCCGGAAGACGCCUCGAGUGGCGCCGCGCAGAGCAGCCAAUCUGCGCAGGCUGCAGUUGCAUCUCAGAGCCCAGACAGUGCUUGCCAGACGAAUGAAGCAGUCGCUGUCGAGCCUCAGCCUCGACCUGCGCCUGCAAAGAAGCUUAGGUUGGCGUGA